GCCAAAGUUCAGUGUGCGCCAGUUGAGAUGUGAGGAGGACACAAGAGCUGAGCACGGACUACACGCUCCACAGAAGUUCGGGGAUAACUGAAGACAAGGACACAUUUGUUAUUUCUCUUUCUGAGCUGCUCCUGAUGCCCAUAUUUGUCCUAAUAAUGACGGUAACGACUGACGUGAAAUAUUUGUGUUUUAAGUGACUGUGCACUCGCGUUUUUCAUAAAAACAUAGGAAGAACUUUGAGAUUAAGCAUACAUUUAUAUGAUAUGCAGACUUUGAAAAGGAACCUUUUUCAAAGAAGUCUAAUUCAGAGGAAUAUCUGCUUUUCCUCAAAUUUUUUUUUUUUUUUUUUUCAACUGGGUGACAAAAUAUUCUUUGAAGCUUUUUUAAUCUAAACAGUGUCUAUGGAGCUACAUAAUAACCCUUAACACACAAAAGCAUCUUCUCUUGGGACUGUUUAUGCCAGGAAAGUUUUCAUUAACUUAGCUCAUUCAAAAAAGGUGACUGAAAAUCCAGCAUGGGGGGCUCACCUCUGAAAAUUGUAAUUUCUCUGUGGUGUCAGCUGGUCAUUGCUGCAUAUAGUCUAGAGAUUGGCUCCUAUGACCUGGAGAGAGGGAGACCGGCUAAAUGCGAGCCUGUCGUCAUCCCUAUGUGCCAGGGCAUCGGGUACAACCUCACUCGGAUGCCGAACUUUAUGGACCAUGCCAAUCAGAGAGAAGCUGCGAUUAAGCUGAAUGAAUUCGCCCCUCUGGUGGAAUAUGGUUGUGAUGUGCAUUUGAGAUUUUUCCUCUGCUCUCUUUAUGCCCCUAUGUGUACGGACCAAGUGUCCACAUCCAUCCCCGCCUGCCGUCCGAUGUGCGAACAGGCACGUCAGAAGUGCUCGCCCAUCAUGGAGAAGUUUAAUUACGCCUGGCCUGAUUCUUUGGACUGCUCUAAACUGCCCACCAGAAACGACCCCAACGCGCUGUGCAUGGAAGCCCCGGAAAAUGAUACCAAAACCGAAACUAAGAAAGGAGAGGGCAUGUUGCCUGUUCUGCCCAGACCGAAGCAGCCUGGUGCUGGGAACGGUCGCUCAGGGGGAAGCACGGGAGUUUGUGAGAACCCGGAAAAGUUCCAGUAUGUGGAAAAGAGUGAGACUUGUGCUCCGCGCUGCUCAUCGGCCGUGGAUGUGUUCUGGUCCAGACAGGAUAAAGACUUUGCUUUCAUUUGGAUGGUGGUUUGGUCCACUCUGUGCUUCGUAUCCACAGCUUUCACAGUCCUGACCUUCCUGCUUGACCCACAUCGCUUCCAGUACCCAGAGCGGCCCAUCAUCUUCCUCUCCAUGUGCUACAACGUUUACUCAGUCGCCUUCAUCAUUCGAUCCGUCGCUGGGGCGGAGAACAUUGCGUGUGACCGUGAGAACGGCGAGUUGUAUAUUAUCCAAGAGGGCUUGGAAAGUACGGGUUGCACCAUAGUCUUCCUCAUCCUCUACUAUUUUGGCAUGGCAAGCUCAAUCUGGUGGGUCAUCCUCACCCUCACUUGGUUCCUGGCGGCAGGUAAGAAAUGGGGUCACGAGGCUAUUGAGUCACACAGCAGUUACUUCCACAUGGCUGCGUGGGGCAUCCCUGCACUGAAGACCAUAGUUAUCCUCACCAUGCGGAAAGUGGCAGGCGACGAGCUCACCGGACUGUGCUAUGUGGGCAGUAUGGAUGUGGGGGCGCUAACAGGCUUCGUCCUCGUGCCUCUGUCCUGUUACCUCAUCAUUGGGACGUCUUUUAUCCUCACCGGCUUUGUGGCACUUUUUCAUAUCCGAAAGGUUAUGAAGACCGAAGGCACAAACACAGAAAAGCUAGAAAAGCUGAUGGUGAAAAUCGGCAUCUACUCCAUCCUGUACACAGUUCCCGCCACCUGCGUCAUCAUUUGCUACUUCUAUGAACGUAUCAACAUGGACUACUGGAAAUUUCGAGGACUGCAAAGCAAAUGCAUCACAUACCCGGGUCGGAGGAACGAGGACUGCUCCCUGGAGUCUUCGGUGCCCACCGUGGCCGUGUUCAUGCUGAAGAUCUUCAUGUCGCUGGUGGUGGGCAUCACCAGUGGCGUGUGGGUCUGGAGCUCCAAGACGCUGCAGACUUGGCAGGGGCUGUGUAGCAGGAAGUUGACAGACAGGACUUGCAGGAAGCAUUGCAGCGGGAGCUGCAGCACCAGUCACUGCCACUACAAAGCACCUGCCGUUAUACUGCACAUGUCAAAGACUGAUCCCUACUUGGACUGUCCCACACACGUAUGAGCGCAGCACUGAGACUGUGGCCUCAUCUGUGACUCUGUGAGAAUAAGACAUACGGCGCAGUAAAGUUUUGUGGUGAAGUGAACAAACUUAAAACCCAACAUUGCAGCUAAACAAUGGAUUAACAGUACUUGUUUGUUAAAGGGAGAAUUUAAUUAUUGCUUGCUGUAGCACAGAAUGAGACAGAUAUGCACUUCCUAAUCAGUUCUAAAUAUCUGCAAUCGCUCUUGCAGUGUCCCCAUCUAAAAGCUGUUCAAUGACUUGUUAAUAUGGUUAACUACUUGUUCAAUAGGACUUUUAUUUAUUGUAUAUAUAUAUAUUUAAUUGUGCUUUGUCUUGAUUUCUCACAAGAUGGCAUUGAUCAGUCUGUUAAUAAGUGCCUUUUUGGAGAAUAUAAUUAAAUGUUAUAUAUUUUCAAUAUUUGUCUGAAAUUGAGUUUAUUGCUCACUUACGUGCUCAAAUCUACUCCUACAAAGACAAAUGCACUUUUGUUUUGGUGUUACUACACAAAAUAACACUAUUAUUUCACUUUGAUUGAAGUGUUUGUUGUGCCCGGACGGUUGUGUUUGCAUCCGUUUAGAGGUGAAAGUUAAAAGAGGAGCGCUUCGGUGAGACUUUUCACAUGGACUGUGACAAGAAAAUGUGUCAAAGCAAUGCAAAUAUUUUGAUGAAGAAUGCUAGGUUUGCAUCUGAAAAGUUGCCCCCGUUCAAAUGCAAAUCGGUCCUUGAGGGACCCUUUCAGGAGCCUUCAAAAGAGCGGCCUACCCCCAAAUAACACAAGGCUAUGUGGCUUUGUAUGCCCCUGACACAAAUAAAUCUAUGUUGUCAGUUUUAGGGGACUGUUGGUCAGAGUUGUGACUAAGGAUCAUGGAGAUUAAGCUUGUAGCGAAGGCCUCGUUUUUUGUUCGUUUUACGCUCCAUGUUUUAUUUAUUUAUUUUUAGCCAUUUGCUCUGUUUUCUCUUUUUAAUUCCCCUCCAUAUGACAGAUGCAGCCGCUUUGGGCGUGCUUUCCUUUGAGCGCGUGUACCAGAACAGAAAUCCCUGGUGGUUUUCUCUCCUUCAUGCUCAAAGGGAAUGGUUGAGCAGAGCGACAGACAGUAGCCUGGAUUUCUCCGUGCGAACAUUCACAUCAUCACCUUUAAACGCAGAGGUUGUUCUGGAAUUAUAUUUCAUUAAUAAGGUGCACCACAUGCACACACAUACACAUCCAGAUUCUCGUAUUGUUGUGUGUUGCUUCUCUCUUCCCCCUCCGCUCUUUGAUGUGAGCCACUCAUUCAAAUAAAGGCACUUUUUUUUUUACGCUUGAUCCGGAGCAUGUAGGGCUCUGAUAGCUGCUUGAAUUUUAUUUUGACUGCUUAUAGCAGCAUAUUGGGGUUUUGAGGAUUAAUUCAUAUUAUAUUGCAAAUUUUUAUUAUUGUUAUUUUUAGCUUUGUUUAACUGUGUUCAUUGGUAUAAAAAAUGCAUUGGUAGGGAAUUUACAUGAAUGCCAAACCAACAAGCUAUACACUAUGUGCAUUUAUUUUUAAUAUAUAUUUUUAUAAUAUUUAUAUACUGUGUUUCUAUGAUAUUUAAGUCUAUGGCAUGGGUGUAUGUUACAUAUCUAUCAAGAGAAUGGGGUAUUUGGUCUUCUAUUCUCAAUAGGUAAAUAGUUUAAUAAAUCUCUAGAAAAGCAAGACCCAUUAGGAAAUAUAUCUAGCAUUGUUUAAAGCAUGAGAUAAUGAAAAAUUUGAUGCUGUUCAGAGAUUUACAGUUAUGUAUUAUGUAAUUACAUAGUAACUAUUUUUUUCCAGUAAAUACUGAUAAAAUGCUACAUUGUUUCUGCAAGCAGCUUAGUGAGCAAAAUAAUCAAAUAUGUUCUCUUAAACUGCAAUUGUGUUUAAAUGAUGAAUUAUCAAAAAGUUUAGCUGAACAGUCUAGACAGUCUUUCUCUCUCUCUUUAGUUACACUGGAAAGCAUUAUUCAUUUGAGUGAAUCCAGGUUGUGUAAAUCAAACAGAUCACAAAAACAAUGAUCUGAUUCAUGAGU